AUGUCGCUUCUUAAUACUUUCUUCACAAAAAAUAUAUAUUCAACAACACGACGUAUUUUAGUAUUAACUAUGAGACCAUCAUCAACAGAAUCUAGCGAAAACAAUGCCCCAAUUGAAAUGGAGAAUCCCUAUAAAAAAGAAAGACGCCAAUGUAUCCUAUGUCAACUAAACAUUACCCCAGAUUACAAAAAUUACAGGCUAUUGUCACAAUUUCAAAGCCCAUACACCGGCAGAAUAUAUGGAAGGCAUAUAACUGGCCUCUGUAAAAAUAAGCAAGCUUUAGUGGAAGCUGAAAUAAAAAAAGCUCAAAAUUGUGCAUACAUGCCUUAUUACUACAAAGAUAAAACCUUCCUAAAAGACCCGAAGUUGUUUGAUCCUCAAAAUCCUAUUCGAUCGCAUCGUUUUUAA